AUGGUGACUGUCAGAGAACUCACCGCGCGGCACUGGGAGCAGGAGGCUCUGCCAGGCUCGUCUGCCCCUCCCAGUGGCCGUGACAGGGGUCCCCUGCCCGGAUGCCCAGGCUUGCCUCUGAACAACCUGUCUGGCUGUCCUGCCCUGCACCUCAGGAAUGACCCGGGCGGCGGCCCAGCGCUGCUGAGGCCCCGGAGCCGCGGCGCAGGGCGGCGGGAGCGGGCGGCCGUGGCGUGGGCGGCGGCGCUGGGCCGGCGGGCGGCCGGGCCGAGGCGGAGCGGCGCGCCCCCCGCGACGCCGGAGCCCGAGCCCGAGCGCAGCGGCAUCCAAGCGGGAACCGGACCGGGAGCGGAGCCAGAGCGGGAACCUGAGCUGGAGCCGAAGCUGGAGCCGGCAGUGCGGCGCACGGAGCGGAGCGAGGCAGCCAAGCCGAUAGCUCGAUACAACCGCACCAGUUACUUCUACCCGACGUUCUCGGAGAGCUCGGAGCACAGCCAUCUGCUCGUGUCUCCUGUGCUGGUGGCAAGCGCAGUCAUAGGCGUGGUCAUCAUCCUCUCCUGCAUCACCAUCAUCGUGGGCAGCAUCCGCAGGGACAGGCAAGCCCGGCUCCAGCGGCACCGCCACCGCCAUCGCCGCCACCACCACCACCACCAUCGCCGCCGCCGCCGCCGCCACCGAGAGUACGAGCACGGCUACGUGUCCGACAGGCACACGUAUAGCCGCUCGAGCCACGGGACACGCUACACCUGCAGCCCUGCCGAGGACUGGCCUCCACCCUUGGACCUCAGCUCUGAUGGGGACGUGGAUGCCACGGUGCUCCGAGAGCUGUACCCAGAUUCUCCACCAGGUUACGAGGAAUGUGUGGGGCCGGGGGCCACUCAGCUGUACGUCCCCACAGACGCCCCGCCCCCCUACACGCUGACCGACUCCUGCCCUGCGCUGGACCGCACCCUGGAUGCGGGCAGUGGCCACAGCCCCGGCCAACACCAGCAGGCACAGAGACCGCAGGGCCAGAGUGGCCUCCGCACCAUUUCCGUGGACACCCUGCCGCCUUAUGAGGCCGUGUGUGGGGCCAGUCCCCCCGCAUUGGGCCUGCUGCCACUGCCGGGACCAGAACCAGGGCCGAGGAGCUCCCAGGACUCGCCCACCCCAACCCGGGCCCCAGCCUCAGGCCCAGAGAGGAUUAUGUGA